GGUCCAGUGUGUCAAGGGGUCCUCGAUAAACUCAAAUAUACGUGAUAGAUAGGGGGCCAAAAUCUUUGUCUUGCCUUUCUCAUUCCACCAGCAGUUGUAUUAAACUUUCUAUUUACUUUUCCCCCUUUUCUUCCUUUUAUGUCUCGAUGGCUGCGGUUGUGGAAACCCCCGGUUUGGCGCGUCCCUCGAUCUACAUCCCGAUGCUUCCAAGUGAGGUUCCUUAGCGCCCAGCCCACGAUUGAACACGUCCGUGUGCCUUGUGCAUCCGCGGGCGACAUUACCGUCAGUCUCCAUAACGUGUCGAAGCAAGACGCGGAACGCCCCUUGCUCAUCUUCAUACCACCUUUCUCCCAGCCUGGCCCUGGCCUCAGCACGCCGCUACCAUCAUGUCUUGUGGACUACCCAACAGCUGUCAUCCAUUACAGGUGGCAGGCACAGGAGGAAGAGCACAAGCCGGAACUCCCCCUUCAUUGGCCCACGCCUCUCCACGACGUCAGCUUCGGGUACUCCUGGAUUGCGGCCAACCUCGGAUCCGGCAGCGAUAGCUCAGCAAAUCCGCGUCCUGCCUAUGUCUGCGGUUCCUAUCUCGGUGCGAGCCUUGCCGCUGGCCUGGCGCUGACUGAAGCUCACGUCCCGGUUCGCUCCCUUCCAAUGACCAUCCGCGGGCUGGUCGCCCACAACGGCAUCUACAAUUGGACUAUGUUUCUUCCGGACCACCCGAUCCACAAACUCAGGUUCAAGCCGGAAUCCCCCGGAACGGGGAGGGGUCUGGGAUUCGGUCUUUCUUCCGCCAGUGUCGACGACAGUCCAGCCCCUUUCGAGGAAGAGGGCAUCUUCACCGAACUCAAGCACCUAACACGGGCCCUCUUUUCCGACCCAUCAAACCUCUUCGACCCUUUUGUCUCGACAUGUUUGUUCUUCCACUCCGCAGACCUGCAUGUCCCAGACGAUUUCACCACCCCGCUGUUUCCCCCGAACUCCUCCCUGUCCGAUGAAUUCACAGCAGCAGUCGGCAGCCUGGCCGGUAGUUCCACUUCUAGCUCCUCCACGUCUUCCCCUACUCCCGACACCGAAUCCGCCGCCCCGGAGGAGGAAGCAGAAUCAGCAGAAUCCCUCCUCGCCAAAGCCGCCACCCUCGCGAAACAAGCCAACCCGCCACGGAAAGGCUACCUCGCCUUCCCACCGCGCGACUCAACCCUGCGCCUACCACCGACUCUCUUCCUUUACGACCGCCCGCGCGAAUACUCCUCUCUGCAUUCGCUGCCUCAUCCACCGGAAUCCCCGGUCGACGCAGGACGCCGCCUCCGCCGCCGAGGAGCAAGCACCAGCAAAAGCAACUUCCGCGUGCAAGCGAUGGAGCUCAUCGGCCUGAUGAUGCGCAGCCUGGACAUGCAAGAGCUGCGACCGAAGGGGCCCCCGCCGUGGGAGUGGGAGUGGGAGGGAGAUCCCGGGGGUAGUGGAGUUAAUAGUGCUAGGGGCGAGGAGGACCCGAGGAUGCGGGAGAUUGAGCGGCGCGUGCAGAGUUGUGAGCUUCCGUCUUCUUCCUUCCAUUCACUGGAGUCUCUGAUGGUGGUGGAUAAGGAGAGAACGGGGAUGGGACUGGGGUUAUUGGGGAAAGAGGGGGAGGCGAUGGUGGCGGAGUGGUUGAGGGAAAGGAUUGAUGAGGACUUUGGGGAGUAG